AUGAAAGCCGCCCGAUACUACGCCUCCAGGGAUAUUCGCAUCGAAGAGAUCCCUCUUCCAUCACCAUCCCCGGAACAAGUCCUCGUCGCGGUCGAAUGGUGCGGGAUCUGCGGCAGCGACCUGAACGAAUAUCUCGUUGGUAAGCUCUCUAUUUCACCCCAUCCCAUCAUUCACAGUGUUAUCUAA